AUGAUGUUCAGUCAGUCCCCGAUAUUCCAGGGACAGGGAAUGGAAGCUGAGAAAUCCAAAUCACAGGCGGACGGGAGAAAUUCCGUGCGUGGAAUGAGUCGCAAGACUAAGCCCCGCUGGGUGAACCACAGGCUGGAGCGCCACACUUCUUCACCUCCAUCCCUGUUCUCGCUCCACGCCCACCCACAGCCCGCCAGCAUCGGAACGUCAUCGCCGGGUAGCCGGGUCGCGCGGCCCACGGAGUGGGAGCCGGAAGCCGAGCGAUCAGGCGCGCGGCGUCCCGGAACCGCGGGAGCCUGA